CCUAGACUCUCAGAGGCGGGGAGACUCAAAGCCAUCCCCCUUUCCCAUGAUCCUGAGGCUGUUGCUGAGAGAUGGAAGUCCGCUGGGACAGUCCACCAACCUCUCACUCAAGGAAUUUGCAGCUGCGAGUCAAGUCACCACGUGGACCUGGUGGAUCUGACCCCUGUUGCAGCCGGGAGGGGCAAAAGGCCUCUCGGGGCAGCUCACAGCCUUCUCCCCAUUUCUCAGGGCAAACCCCAACCUCAAGCCAUGCGCACGCAUGACGGCUGUGCCUUGGACACCAGUCAUGUGAGCAUGCGGAAUGGGGAGCGGGACUCCAACCUCUUCAUCCGAGAGGCCCAGUGUGCUGACUUGGGUCACUACCAGCUCCACGUGCAGCUGGGCGGGCUGGAGGCCACCGCCACCACUGACACCCUGGUGAUCGGUACAGUGGGGGGAAUGGGAGACGACGUGGUCCUUGGGGGCUCCCACCCCAGCCUGAAGAGGAAUCAGCACAGAGAGCCGGGGAAGCGGGGCUGUGGGACGCAGUGGUGGGUGAAGGGAGGGGUGGCUGAGCAGAAGCGGAGGGGCCCCUCCUGGUAAUGUCCUGGCGUGUGAGGCGUGCCAUGCCCGCUGCCAUGCUUGGCCCUUUCAAAGAGGCCAGGCUCUCCUCAGAGUAUCAAGUUGGUGGAUGUCUGGGGCUCCAGCGCUACCCUGGAGUGGACUCUGCCCCAAGACACGGGAACGCACUCCUGGGAUACGCGGUGCAAAAGGCUGACACCAAAUCUGGGGUGAGGCCCAGCUGGGAUGGAGGGAGGGAGGAACAGCACAUUCUGGAAUGGGACUCUGGUAGUUCCACGCA